UACCGAAUAAUAGUAUCCCAGCAUUGCCGCAUUAUUGUGCCGCUUCAAGCUGCCUAUUCUUUGUCUCCAACAUCGCCAACAACCCUCACAAGCUAGCGUUUUGGCCAAAAUGCUUCGAGGUCUCACUCCCACCAUUGCGACCAUUGUGCUGGUGUUUUUAAUCGACUUCACGGCCGCAGGAAACACCACUUGUGCAGGGAAUAUGACACAAUGGUACACAGAUGCUGUAGGAGAAACAGCAUGUGUAACAUAUCAAAGACUGAGACAGAUAUGCAACCCUAGUUAUCAAGUCCCAAACUUUCGACCGAAUACUCCAGGCGAUCAAUGUGACGAUCAAUUACAGAGUUGCUGCUGUAACUCCAUAUCGUGGGCGCUAAGUAUGUUGUGUAUGAACUGUCAAUGGGAUGUAGAUGGCGGGUCGGCUUCGGGCAUUGACGCAGGCAUUGGUGCAUACGGGUUAUAUCGUUCUCCAUCUGGACCGUUUUGUAGUCCAGGAACGAAUCAAUCACUUCCUAGUGACAUACAGGCGGCAGUUUGCAACGAAGACAUCAAAAUCGCCAAUUUCUUAUACGACCUCUUCUGGAGUGACGGCCCAUGGUUCUAUGUAUACACCAUGAAUACCGCUUCCAAGGACGAAGCGGCGACAAACAACAACAUGUAUACCCACUGCAACAGCACGACAAGCUCAACCUUGAGCUCAAGCGCUAGUUACAGUACAAGCACUACCUCAGCGGCCCCAUCCCAAACAUCAACCGCUGCGCUUGUAGAUUCCGCAGAAAGUUCUAAGGUCCCCACAAUUGUAGGUGCUGUAGUCGGCAGCAUAGUCGCGCUAGUCGUGGCUGUCAUAGUAGCACGAUCACGCUGGCGUAAGCACCGACGAAGGCUUGUCCGCGUUCCAUUGGAUACCUAUAGCCUACAUGCACCCGCGAUGGCAGUGACGUCGCCAUAUACACUUACUGAACCCAAUGCAGACACGGCACCAGGGAACCCGACGUCGUACGGGUUCAAAUAUUCACGCAAUCGGGGUCAUCUACCAACAUCAAGCAAUCUCUCCUCGACAUCUCCCUCCACUACUGCACUAGCCACGACUGCUGGUGAAAGCGGCCAGAGCUCAUUGAACCUUCUUAGAAAUGCAAACUCUUCCGUCAGCGCGUCUAGGCACGAGGACGCAGGGGUUGUCUCAACUCUUAUGCGCUCAGGGUCUGGAAGAUUGCCUCCAGCGUACGACCCGAGCUGGGAACUUCGCUCCGGCGAAUCCUCGCGGCUGAAUCCCGAUUCAGAAUACCAAUCACGGGAGUCUCCCUUACAGGUCUCAGCGGACAACCAGCCUAGCCUCCGGCGCACCAAGCGAUGAUGCGAUAUCACACUUCUUUACCUACUGUUUGAUGAACAAUUUUAUUCCGUGCUUUUCGACGCUGUCCGACUAGAAUAUAUCAUGCGUUUUGCACUCCAGUACGAUUCUAGCAAAAUCAUAUCUCAUUUUGACGAUCCGACAUUCUUUGUACUAAUAGAACAACAUUUGCUAUGCACGCUGAAUAUACCCUUUCAUUACCAUUUGAUUCAAUCUAGAUAUACCACACGUACUACUAAUCACUGUCCCCCUGCCAUACUAUCUCGAGACACUGUUCUGAUCGUCCUAUAGGCCUUUCAUCAUUCGCUUUUCAUAUCCCGUAACUGACGACUACCUUAUUCG